CAAAAAGUUUAAGCUUUAAUUGGCAAAACCAUAAAGUUUACCUCCAAACCAUACAAAUCCAAAGUCAAACUAACAAUCUCUCACAUUCACUCUCCUUCCAAUUCCAAUUUUAUCUCCGACCCCUUCGAUUCUCCUGCGUUUUCCUUCUUUCCAAACCUUCUGUUCCUUGCAUUUCAUCUUUCCUUCAAACCUUUCCCUUUUUUUCCCCUACCCACAUGACAUUAGAUAACUAGAUUGGAGUUAGGAGUAACAAAUGCCGUUUUUCCACCACAAGAGAUCAGAUUUUGUGAACGCUGAAAAUGGGUAACCACCACCAGAUAUCAGAUUUGUGAAUGCUGAAAAUGGUUUUGGUGAUGGAAGGGUUGGAUGUGCUGAUAGAGAGAUUGCUGGACUGGAAGAAUAACGAAGGGAAGAGGAUUCAGCUACAUGAAUAUGAAAUCAGACAGCUUUGCAUCAGUGCCAAGCAAGUCUUCUUGAGCCAACCUAUUCUCCUUGAAUUAGUAGCUUCCAUCAACAUCUGUGGCGAUAUACAUGUCCAAUAUCCAGACCUUUUGCGCCUGUUUGAAUCAAAGUUCCCGAAUAACUUUUUCCUUCUCCAAGGGAACCAUGAAUGCGCUUCUAUCAACAGAAUCUAUGGAUUUUAUGAUGAGUGCAAGCGUCGUUUCAGUGUCCGACUUCGGAUGAUUUUCGCUGAUUGCUUCAACUGCUUGCCAGUGGCUGCAGUGGUUGAUGACAAACUACUCUGCAUGCAUGGAGGACUUUCACCAGAAAUGCAGAGCUUGGACCAGAUUAGAGCUAUAGAAAGGCCAAAAGAUGUGCCACACCAAGGCCUCUUGUGUUACCUCCUUUGGGCCGAUCCCGACGAAGACAUCAAAGGGUGGGAUGAGAAUGAUAGGGGCGUGUCUUUCAUCUUUGGAACAGACAAAGUAGCUGAAUUCUUGAAAAAACAUGAUCUUGAUCUCAUUUGUCGUGCUCAUCAGGUUGUUGAAGAUGGUUAUGAACUCUUGACGGACAGGCAGAUGGUUACGAUAUUUUCUGCACCAAACUACUGUGGAGAGUUCAACAAUGCAGGGGCAAUGAUGAGGUUGGAUACAACUUUGCUCUGCGCAUUUCAGAUUCUUAAACCGGGAGAGGAAAAAUGGGAGUAACAGAAUAAUUUCCGAAAUGUCAGAAAGGAGUUCGAAUUUCAAAACCAUCAUCUCUUUUAUAUGCUGUCGUUGUGCCCUUUUCUUUGUGUAAAAAUUUAGAUUAAAAUCCUUCAUUUUCA